CAGGCUCUUCAAGGAAAUCUACCUUUGCUGCAAGUAUGUGCCACAACACUAGUUUAACAUUCUACAAUUAAUGACAUGAUGCAUGCUUCUUUAUCAUUGAUCAACUAAUGUAUGCUAUAGGUUUGGUACUGGGAGCAUGUCCGUGCUGGCUCUGUUAUCUAUUCUGCUAUACAACCUCCGCUGCUGGCACGUUGGAAUGAAGACAAUGCAAAACUUAGAACAGAUGCUUAUGGUGCUGGCUAUCUAGAUCGAGGAGUGGUUACCAAACAAAUUUGUGCGCCAAAUGGACCGACAAACACUACAAAUGGUCAUGCUACCUGCACAAAUAAAAUCGUGGAUGAAGAUGUUACCUAUCGAGCACAACCACAAUGUCAGACUAUUAGUAGCCAACAAAUGGAUAUGAUACUUCAAACCGUCGACGAGCGCAUUUCACAUCAUGAGAAGAAGAUAGGCAGGCAACUAAUGGAAAUAGAGCACAAACUUGACGCCAAACUAAUUGCCAUAAAUGAGGAGCUGAUAGAUAUUAAGAGAACCAAUGGAGCACAACCUAGGCUGUCAAAGGCGGAGGACGAACUUAGAGACGUCAAAAAAGAACUCGAGGAAAUGAAAUUCCUAAUUCGGACAAAUACACAACCAUCAGCAUCAAAGGAUACAUACGUCCAGGAGCAAGUCAAUCGAGGAGAAUAUGACUUGCGACCAGAUCCUCGGGCUCAAGCAUCGACGGCAAUGUUUAGUGAUACUUCUGCUAGAACACAAAGCACAAAGCACGUCGUGCCAAACAAGGAGUGUGACAAACGCAAACAGCCGCGGAAGCCUAUAUUCGACGACGAUUACAACAUUACAGAUGAAGACAUGGAAGUGGCACUUUUCCUCCGCGAGAGUUACGAUUUUGCUGAAGUAGCCAACAUUGGAGAAUGUGUCCUAAAAGUCUACCAGCUGAAGCCAUGCGUGAACAAAGGAUUCUUUUACGACCAGGUUAUUGAUGCAUAUGCACACAUAAGCAAUGCUGAGACUGCUACGGCAUCAGUCUUAACAACAGCAGAAAGCAGGAAGCUGAUACAGGAAUAUCAGGGUUUAACUCCAAAAAGACCCAGAAGCUGGGUUGAACGUAUAGCGAAGAAAUUUGUAGGGCGCCGAAUGGUGCGUGUCCCACUCAAUGUACAUAAUUCCCAUUGGCUUCUACUAGUCUUUAAUUUCGACAAGGAAGAGGUUCAGGUCCUCAACUCCCACCAAGCAUAUCGUGACGAACAGUCGGAAAGAGACCUGGUGUUGUCCAUUCAGUCGUGCAUUAACGAAGCCGUGUACACUGGCUGGGUAACAACGUCUAAGCAGAUCAAUAUUGCCAAGUGGAAAACCGUAUGCUAUACUAACAUACCACAACAGAAGGAUGGCCACUCCUGUGGGGCGUACACGUUGAAAUACAUGUUGUCAUGGGACGGAAAUGAUAUGACGGAUUAUUUCACGCAGGCGCUGAUAGAUAUUUUUAGCUUCAAAAUAUGCUCAAGGCUGCUGCGUUCAGAUUGCAACCCGCUUCGAAAAGAAUCCUACAAGAAAUCUAUAACGAAAGAGAACUAUACUGCCAGCAUUGCACAGGAUCCUAAAGAUGCGGAAGACGACAUCACGGAAAUCAGCAAUCCUAAUGUUUCCGAGAAACCCAAGGAAGACGUCGUCAUGGAAACCAGCCCUCCUCUACCCAAGCGCAAACGUGGCCGUCCGAGAAAAGUAAAGACUAACACUCCUACCGAUACGGUCGAACAAGAAAUUGCCACCGAGACUCCCGCUGGACUUGCCGACGGCAAACGCAUACGCAAACUAUCAAAAACAAAGACCAGCCCGUACACAACACCAUGA